CUUUGAAAAGUGUGAUGGCGCUUCGAUGGCCCGUAUUUGUUUUGCUCUGUUUUCAGUUUUUCGUUUCAUUUGAUAGAAAAAUUUCGUAGUACAUCCGUCUUCGCUCUUGGUCAUUAUAGCGAGUGCUCACGUCAAAAUUUUCGUCAAUAUUUUCGCCAUAACACCCCCGACUUUUUGGAAAUCAAACGUAAAUGAAGCUUGUAAAAUAACGCGUUACCGUAAUAUUCGUUCGUUGCGCGAAUUUUCUCCUCCAAUUUGACAUUUUCGUAAAAGAUUUUCCACGGUGGAUAAAGCAGGUAAUAAAAGUUACAAUCGGCCGCGAUAUGAUGCUGUGAAAUGUGGCGCUUAUGAUCAUGGUGAAGCUGCAGAAGGAUACCUGUGUUACGAUGCUGAUUCAAAAACACUACGCGCAUUUAAGAAGGAUCAGAAAAUGAACGUAGAAUCUGGCUUCGCUUCGUAUUCCUCAUCCGAUAGUAAUUUCAACGACGAGGUUGAUAUUUCCACUUUGAACAUCAAACCGAUCCUAUGUCGUGGAAUCAAAAAAGAAAACGAAUACGUCAAUAUUAUGGCCACCAAUAAAAGCUUCCUAAAAGUCGAGUUGAAAAGCGCCGUGUACAGCAGAGGAAAGUUAUCGAUUUGGGUGAAGAUCACGUAUCGUAUUUAUGAAAAAAUAUCCGACAUGGAUUGGAUUGGAUUAUAUUACGCUGAUGAAAAGGAUCCGUUGAACUAUCUAUCUCGUUACUCAAGAGAACUAUCGGAACGAGGUACAGCAAUGUGGUUGAUCGAUUAUCAAAAACAACCUCCAUCUAGUCAUGAAAGUCAUAAACUGCUGUGUUUUCGUUAUUACGACGGUAUCAAUUUGUUGUGUUUUGCUCAAUCGGAACCGGUCGACUUCGAGUCUACGUAUAAACUAGCCCAAAAAGAGCCGGACGAUAAACACGCCGGAUCUUCGAAAAAAUCUCUAAAGGAUUCGACCAGAAAGAAAGAUCAGAAGAGCGACAAAACUGCUGGUAAACUGAUGGGAAACAAGCAGAACGGGUACAGUUCGGAGAGCGAAUCGGAAGAUGAGUCUUCGUCGGCGAAAUAUCGUAAAAAAGGUUGGAGACUGCUACGUAAAAAAUCCUCGUUACCGAACGGUAUUCCUCGCAACAACGUCGCCGCCUCGGACCACGAAAGCAAUUCGGAAGGCUCGGAUUCGGCUCGAACGCAGAUCGAAUUUCCCACGUGGAAUUCGCACGAGUCGACGCAAAAGUUCUUGGAUACGGCCGAAGACAAGAAAUACUACCGUAUUUGGAUCGAUCCAUCGGAUACGAUAACCGAGAACAAGAAUCGCGAACGAACCGACCGGACGGCCGGAUUGAUGACCUUACCUUCGGAGAAGCCUCCUCCUUUACCGCCUCGUUCUACAUACCAUAUGAAACAUCAUCGGCCGCUCGAACGUACAAAAGCUCUAGAACACUGUACUAGUUCACCUCCUAAGGUAUCCCGUCACUAUAAACCUUUCUAUCCUUUGGAAGUACCGGCCAUACCUCCUAGGCCGAAAAAGCUCGUCAAUCCGGAGGAUGCGUUUCCGUUCGAAAUCAUCGACAUCGACGAACAGAUCGGCGGCGAUUCGAGACUAAUGAACGCGGCUCCGUUGGCUACGCCGGAGUCGGAACUUUUCGUCAGCGGAGAUGCUUCGAUGACGGCGGCUCUGUGUAAUAAUAGUAGCUCAUCUCGAACCGGACUCGGAUCCGGCCAUGGCGCCAAAUCUUCGUCGAUAAACGCGUCAGCUAAUCAUUCUAGUCAAAUCUGUGAUAUUAGACUAAACGCUAAUACUCGACCACCGAACCCACCAAAGUACCCGAGCCAUCAGACGGCGACGACAAACGGUCAAGAAUUAGCCACCUCGUGUUUUCUAAACGUACCCGAAUCGACGCUCACCUCGGUAUCGCCGGUAUCGCCCAACAGCGGCGGCAAUAAUUCCGGAUCGACUCCUACCUCAGAUUCGGGCGUAGCCUUCUCCGAAGUAGGAUACCGAGACUAUAGCAGUUCCAGCACCGAAUCCGAAUUCGAAUCGACUAAGGCGUACAAAGAUGGCGGCCAAUCUUCGGCAGCCGGCUCGUUCAAGGGGCAUAAGCUACUGUCGAGACAAAUCAGCCAUCCGCCGGAUAACUGCAUGUCGCAGUUUUUGCACAGAGGCGAUCUGCAGUGUCCACCUACACCGACUCAUCACGCUAGACGUUUCAAAAACGAUGGCAGCACCAAUGCUCGUAAUGGUACCUCCGGUUCUCAGCCUGGUACGUCGUCAACUGGCAAUUCGCAAGCUGCCCUCGGUCCACCGCCGGCGGUCAGCUCUUCGGAAUCGGAUAGCGAUGCUCAGACAUCUUCGCAGUCGUUAAGAAGGAGGACGAUGAGACUGCCGUCUAUUUCCGAAAAUACCCGAAUGCAAAGAGUCGACCUGUUACCGGAUGGGGAUCGAUUGCCUCCGGAUUGGGAGGCUCGUAUUGAUAGUCAUGGCAGAAUAUUCUACAUAGAUCACGCCAAUCGUACCACCACCUGGCAGAGACCUAGUAAAAAUCGAUCGCAGUCUGUUACCAAUGAUCAUCAAAGAAUGCAACUCGACAGAAGAUACCAAAGUAUUCGUCGUACGAUUACCGGUCGUUCGGAGCAAGAAGACGGAGCAUUGGUGCCUUCGUCGACGUCGUCUUCGUCGACCACUGUAACCACGGUACGUCGAACGCAAGCUGAUAUAGAUCAUCAUUCGAACCCCGGUAUGGAUUUCUUAGCCAGACCGGAUUUUCAGGCGGUCUUACGAUCCAAUCAAGACGCUUAUCAGUUUUAUACGCGAAACCAAACGCUAAAGCAUAUGGUUUCUAGAAUACGUAAAGAUCUAUCUUUAUAUAACCAAUACAAGAAUAACGUCGAUUUGAUCAAAUUCCUCAACUAUUUCGCCGAUAAAAGUAGAAAGUUACCAAGAGGAUGGGAAUCGAAAAUGGACGCUAGCGGAAAGCAAUUCUUCAUCGAUCACGUGACUAAAUCUACUACGUAUAUCGAUCCUCGUAUACCGGUAACGCAUCCUUGUGUUUAUCCGCUGCUGGUGUGGUGUGUUAAACAGCAUAAUCGACGAGAAAGGAGUCGUAGUACCGGUGAACGACCUCCUUUUAUGUGUGCUCCAGUCGUUCCGCCAAGACCUCAAGCUUCAAGCAUCGUUUCGUUAACGUUAAACAUUCCUACAGCAUAUAAUGACAAAGUGGUGGCAUUUUUAAGACAGCCCAAUAUAUUUGAUAUUUUGAAAGAACGUCAUCAAUCGGUGGCCAACAAUCAAACGUUACGUGAUAAAAUUAAUGCAGUCAGAGUCGAAGGUACCGUCGCACUGGAUCGACUCAGCGAUGAUAUCGAACUUACCAUUAUGUUAAGCUUAUUCGAGCACGAAAUCAUGAGCUACGUGCCGGCCAGUAAACCAGCAUCUCCGAGAAGUUCGCCUCAGCUAUCGCCUCAAGCGUCACCCGGUAUGUCCAGAGCCAACAUGAGAGCACCGGCUCUAUACAGAAGAGAUUUCGAAGCCAAAUUGAGAACGUUUUAUCGCAAAUUGGAAUCCAAAGGAUACGGCCAAGGUCCUGGAAAAAUAAGAUUCGUCGUGAAACGAGACAGUUUGCUGCAGAAUGCUUUCAACAAGAUCAUGUCGACGAGUAAACGCGACUUGCAGAAAUGCAAGUUCCACGCUCAUUUCGAGAACGAAGAGGGCCUCGAUUAUGGCGGCCCAUCUCGCGAGUUCUUCUUCCUUCUGUCGAGAGAGCUUUUCAAUCCGUAUUACGGUCUUUUCGAGUAUUCGGCUCAUGAUACUUACACGGUGCAGAUUUCACCCAUGUCUACGUUCGUCGAUCAUUACCAGGAAUGGUUUAGAUUCAGCGGUCGUGUUCUUGGGUUGGCUCUGGUUCAUAAGUACCUGUUGGACGUGUUCUUUACGCGGACGUUUUACAAGGCGUUAUUACGACUACCGGUAUCGCUGAACGAUUUGGAAUCAUUGGACGUGGAAUUUUAUCAAUCAUUGUUAUGGAUAAAGGAGCACAACGUGACGCGAGAAGGGUUAGAUCUAACAUUCGUGGUGACCGAGCAAACGACAUUCGAUCAACCUGUGGAACGCGAAUUAAAACCCGGCGGUAAAAGUAUCCCAGUUACGGAGAAGAAUAAAAAGGAGUAUAUCGAGAAAAUCGUUCAAUGGAGAUUGGAUCGAGGUGUCGCUGAACAAACCGAGUGCUUGGUUAAAGGAUUCUACGAAGUGGUCGAUCCUCGUCUGGUGUCCGUAUUCGAUGCUCAUGAAUUGGAGCUCGUGUUGGCUGGCACUUUGGAGAUCGAUAUGAUGGAUUGGAGGAUAAAUACAGAGUACAGAUCGGGUUAUCACGAAGGACAUCCUGUAAUUCAAUGGUUUUGGAUGGCCAUCGAUAAAUUCACCAAUGAGCAGAAACUACGUCUUUUGCAAUUCGUUACCGGUACCUCGAGCGUUCCUUAUGAAGGUUUCGCUUCGCUCAGAGGAUCAACGGGGCCUCGUAAAUUUUGCAUAGAAAGAUGGGGUAAACCGAAUAGUCUGCCUAGGGCUCAUACUUGCUUCAAUCGCCUGGAUUUGCCUCCGUACGAGUCGCCGGAAAUGUUGUACGAAAAAUUAUUGUUGGCUAUCGAAGAAACGAAUACAUUUGGCAUGGAAUAAUAAUAAUAAAGGCGAGAAAAUACCUUUUUUUACAAAAUAUUAAGGCGCUUUAAUUUUGUCUCGAUGUUACAAAGCAUUCCGUUUUUUGUUUAUUUAUUUUUCUUCUUUUGUUGUGUAUUUUUAUUUAUUUUUUUCCUAUUUUAAAAGUUGAGUUGUAAUAUUUAUUGAUUUUUUUUUCUUUUUUUCGUAAAACUCGUCGUCGUGUUUCUUUUUUUUUUUUUUUUCGUAUAUGAUAUAAGGUGAAUCAUUAUUUACUAAUUAUUUUAUAAUUUUCGUAUUUUUUAUUUAUUCAAAUUUUUUUCUUUUUUUUUUUGCAUUUGCGGCGCGUGGUAAAGAUUAUAUUUUUAGUAUUGUGUAUGACGCGAAACCAAGCGCUAAAUUUUUGUUCUAAGUGUUGUGUUUACCUCUCUUUUACCCGUUUUAUUUUUUUGUUAUUUAGUUUUAUGGUUUAAUUUUCAAAAUCGCAUUAGUAUUAUAGUGUUUACGAAUCGGAUUUGAUUCUGAUUAAUAAAUCAUUAUUGAUGUCGCGUAA